CGCUUGGGUCGACGACGUGAGGACGUGAGACAUUCAGUUCAAAAAGUAACGUCUGGUCGAACGGUUGUAAUUGCAUCGAAGGUUCACGUGUGUGCCUUUUUUGUCGGAAAUCAUUGAACUUUUCAUUGCGUGUAUCAGUUUGCAUCGAAAUUUGCAUACGGUUUCAUACCUGAAUCAAAAUCGCCUUAUCACCAAAAAUAAAAGCUGAAAGCGAUUAAUUUGUGCAUGUGUUUUGUUGACAUCUUAAAAUAUUCAAAUAUUUGCUGACAGCGCUGAGUUUUAUUUUUCAGAAGAAUUCACCUUGUUUUGUUGUUGAGUGAAUUUUAUAUGUGUACCUAUAAAGCCAAGAUGGAUUACGCCGGUGCAAUUUAAUAGCUUUGCGCAGUGCUACAGUUGGUGAAUAUUGUUUAUUGAGUGUAAAACGUUGUCAGUGUAGCUAGACAAGACAACAAACAGCGACAGUUAAUGAUUACCGUCGCCCGAAAGUAGGAAAUCAAUAGGAAAUUGCAAGCAAUUAUAGGAAUGGCAACUCAAACCAUAUCGAACACGCAGCCCGGCAGGGGCGCAGCGGCGAAUCCACAGCUUAAAAGCUUGGUCUACUCAAAGUACCGCGAACUGCUGGGAUCCUACAAUGGGAAAGCAAAUGAAAUAUUGCAGUCAUAUCCGGCGUACAUGGUGAAAGAAGACAAAGGAUUCGAUUUCGUAGACAAUUAUGGCGGUCAACCUCAAUCCACCAUAGGCAAUUCGGCGAGGCGAAUACAGUCACAGUUGCCGGUGGAACCACCGGCCUGUGUUCAGAAUGCCAUGAUGCGUCGAGACAAACAACCGUUCACAUACACUCCAGGCGGUAUCGACCUGUCACAGAUUAAAUCACCCCGAAUGGCUAAACGAAUAUCGAGAAAUGCUCAAUCAGAGGGUGUUGCAAAUCAACCGAAGCUUUCCCCACUGGCUCAGAAUAACAGCAGUAGUAGUAAUAGUAGUAAUAGUCAGACAUCAGUAUCCCCCGCGGCAACGCUUGGAGCCGCUGCAAUGGGUAUGCCAUUUCAAGUUUUUCCAACUGGUCCGCCUGCGCCACCACCGCCACCACCGCCAAAUAUGUGCGCAAAACCAACACCUGGACAAACAAACGGUAACAGUGCCCCAGCACCACCUCCUCCUCCGCCUCCAGCACUUUCGACAGAGAAAAAGACUCCAAGGCCACAAUCAUUCGAGCCUCCGCCAAUGGGAUGCAGACCAGAAAUAAAAAUUCCACCGAAUCCAAUGGCAAAUCUUCGAAGAGCACCAAGACCUCAGCCGAAGAAUGAUUUCUGGAUCGAGGAGUACCGCAAAGAAAAACUUGAUGCUGAACAACCAGCUUAUAAUCCAACGAUUAACAAUAAGAUAGCGGACGAAGAAGUCGCUAAAAAUAUUCAAAACCGCGCAGACGAGCUUACCGUCGCGAAAGAUUCACAUAUAAACCGAUCACCAAGCCCAUCCAAUCUAACUAAACCGCUCGAAAACGGUUCACGAGUGUCAUCGAUAAAGACACCUCCAGUCUAUAGUCAAAGUCCAGUUCCACCCAAUCUCCCUCCACCGAUCACACCAACUAAAGUUUCACAACCUCCAUCCAUCAACACACCCACAGCGCUCUUGCAACAAGAUAACGAACAGUCUUUCAAACCACAUCAACAAUCACCGACAUCUACACCAUCAACACCAGCGAACGGAACAUUGAACACUGGACCAUCAACAUCAAAAACACCAUCGCCGCAGAAACCAGCACAACCAUUAGGAUCCCUUUAUAUUCCACCAGUUCAUGAGGUGUUUGCCAACAGCAAACAGACCCUCCUUAAUCAGACAAGCCCACCAUGGAUGUCAUCGCGCCAAAACAGUGUUAAAGAACAGCCCGAGUGGGUUCAUAAAGGGGAACCAGAAUUCCCCGAACCGAAACCGCAGGCCCCCAAAUCUAACAGUAACGAAUCGACUACUAAAACCUUGGAACCUACCACUACAGAUCCACCGAGUCCGGCCAAACCUACCCUAGUGUACCAACAGCACAUACCACAGACCACAGCUCAAGUCAGUGGACCACAAGCGAUCGAGUCUCCGUCGGUACAACAGCCCACAAUUUCACAAACACACUAUAUACAACUGCAACAUCCAAACGCAAAAGUACAGCCAGUCUUGCAGCAAUCGCCGAUAAUGCCGGGAAGCCGGAAUUAUCCGCAAUCUCCUGUGUAUGUGCAAAACCAAGUGUAUUCACCCCAGCCGACAUCGUCACAGAAGGAGCGUAUUAUCCCGAUUCAAGUCGAGCAAUCACCCGUAAAGACACCGGCUUCAACACCCGGUUUUGCACCGCCUCCAUACUACAGUCCUGGACCACAGUAUACGGUCCAAUCUCCGAUCACGGUCGGAUAUCCUAGUCCACACAGUGGAUUUACAACCCCAACGGCAAUGUUUACAAAUCCGAACCACUUCGUAAACCAAGGAUACAACAACAUAACUUAUCCGACGACAAGCCCGCAGCACACAAUGUAUCAACAACAUCAUCAACAUUAUCCACAGCAUCAUCCAACGCCUCAGCAACAUCAACACAUAAUUCAUCAGCAAAUGCCAGCACAACAGGCGGGAGGAGUUCGGAUCAUACCGAUCAAGGUCGAAGGCGGUGACAGCAGCAUGGUUGGUGCAACGACCGUUCGAGGGCCCUUGUCUCAAACGCCAGCGAUUAUUCAAAGUGGGGAUCAUAGAUACAUUAUUCACGACAUCCCACUAGAAGCUAAGCUUCGUUUUCUUAAAAAUAGACUCAGUGAUCCGCGGAGCGGUAACAAUACCCAAUCCUGGAAUGGCAACAUCACGCCAAACCAGUCUCGUUCGUUCAGAGUGCUACAGCACAUCACCGAUACAGUAGAAGACGCCGAGAACAAAUCGAAGCCCUCGACGCCUAAGCCGGCAGUGGGUGAACAGCAGCAACAAAUGGCAGUCGGUGUUGAUGGAGCCGAUGGCCAAGUGCGUCGGAUGCAACUUAGUAAUGACGAUAGAGCGUUGAUGAAUCGGGUGAAGAACCAAGUCGACGAAGAGGUGUACCUUCAUAAAGAAGAAGAUCCCCGCUAUCGAGGUGCCGCGAUACCAUCCAAGGCAUUUAGGUACUUGCAGAGUAUGACAGAUGGUAGCCAAGCCCCAAAUCCAGGCAGUACUGGUUCUGGAAACAGGGCAAAUCAAAUGUUUGUGCAAAAUCGUGGCAACAUAGGCGAAUCAGAGGAUGACUCGCCACAUCAAUACAUCCCUCCUAGCGAGCAAAAAGUGGAAGAGCCAAAAAAAUACACUGGUAGUGCUAUUCCAAGUCGAUCAUUCAAAAUGCUACAGGCUAUGACACAAUCCGACGCACCUGCCGAAACCAAUUCCUCUGACAUUGAAGGUAAUCAAAAUUUACCAUGCAACGGCGACAUCCAAUAUUCACCUUACCCCUACCCAUUGCAUCAUUACUGCUGUACUCCUAAUUGGCAUUAUUACGAUCCUAACAAUCCCCAGUACUACCCGCAUCCACCACCACCACCAUUACCACCUCCACAUCAUGCCCCCGGUUAUUACUAUCCCCCUCCACCACAUCAACAUCCGCACCACGGCCAUUAUGACCGCAGUGCAUAUUACGCGGGCUACAUGUCACCACAUAAUUUCUACUAUCCACAAGAACCAUGCUCACCCUGUACACCUCCCCCAUACUACCAACUAAGCCAACCACAGGUUGCAUACUGCGAAAAUCUAAUGCCGGAAUCUCCGACACACACAUUCGUGAUUACGACGCCUCCUCCGCGUAUUGUGGUCACCCCCAGCGCCGAAAACUCCGACGCCGAAUCUCCGCUCAACGACAACAACGAUCGGCCACAUCCGCUAACUCGAUCCCAAAGCAGUCUGAAACGACUUUCGGAGCGGCUUGCAAAUUUUACCGUUUCCCCGGAGAAGAUUUCCCCAGUCGAUCUGCAAGAUCCCUUGGUGAGCUGUUCACCUAGCAGCCCCCUCAACGAAAGAUAUCGUACGUUUGAGGAAAGCACCUCGUCCGCGACUUCCUCUCAGUCUGAGUGCUCAGACUCGGAAGAGGACAGUAGCAAGAAGUUGCCGCAGCUGGCAAUGAAAGGGAAAAAAGACGAUAUUGAAGCCGUAGUAAGGCAGGAACCCCAGCCGGUAGAGCAUGAAGAAAAUAGCGAGAGUAGCGAUGAGAGCGAAGAUGAAGAAACUGUCGGAUAUGAAAGCAGUCAACCAGAGCAUUUGCCGCAUCAACUAAGUGUGAUCUUCGAAGAGGAUAGUGUAUAUACUUGUUCGGCAAAUCUCAGCCGCAGAACUAGCGUGUGCAGUAAUAGCUCAACAUUGAGUGACUGUUCAUCUACACUUGCGAAUGAUUUAGAUAACGAUGCGGAUGUAGAUAAGGAAAUCAUAUCUGGCGGAGGUAACCACACAGAUGACGAUAUCGAUCGCCUAGAGGACGACGAAUGCAAUCCGGAAGGUCAUCAAACCGAGAGUUCACCAACAUCCAUACCCUGUGAUCGAAGGUCCGGAGCUGUCGAAGAAAGUUGCAGUGAAAGCGAUGAAUCAGAAUCCGGUGAUGAAAGUACCGAAGAAGCAGCAGGGAAACACUCUUCCAAUGUUGAUACGUUGAUUAUUGCUGAGAAACGUCAAAAUCCAGAUACGCAGAAAACACCGAACCAAAGCGAUAAUUAUUCAACAGAUAGUUCAGAAGAAGAAGAAAGUGAAUCCGAAAGUGACCCGAAUGAGACGGGUGAAGAUGAACAGAAAGAUUGCAAUGACAUGAACACAGACGUAACCGUAACGAUAACCAUUCCUUCGAUGAGUGGUAAAUCGAUAAACGAGACAAAUGAUACUCACAAAGUAAACCAAGAGCUGCCCAAACCGAACUUCGUGGUGGAUUACGAGGAUGAUACCCAGGUUUCGGUUUCUGUUUCACUGCCACUCAAAAUGAAGCCAUCGACGAUCGACGAAACUGUUGAAACGAAACAAAUCGAAGAAUGUGACAGAUCGGAUGCAGCAGCAGCAGAGCAAGAAACACAGCAGGAUGAUGAUGAGGAGAUCGAUUUCUGGAGUCAGAUUGGCGAGGAGGAUGAUUACUGCAGACCAAGAAGCUCUUAUUCGAGAGAUUUUUGGAGCAGCCGUGAGGUCAGUAUUGAUCGUGAUGGGGAAUGGAAUCAGAAUGGUGACGAUGAUGAGAAGUACCACGACGAUGGAGAAAUUGAUUUCUGGAAUAACGAAAACGGUCCUACGGAAGCGAUUGAUCUGUGGAAAGCCGACCCUGUGGUGGAAAGUUUCCUACAGCGACAGAAGAAUGAAAGCGCCAACGAUUCGUUGGAGUUUUGGCAGAAGGAGAACGAAAGAUUGGUGAAUGAUUUGUACAGUAAGCAAAACGAUGAUAACGAUAUCCAAAAGGGUUGUAAAAUCAUGGAUGAAAACAAUAACUCCAGUACCUGGGAUAAAGUAGAAACUCUCAAAGAGACGUCGUGCGAGGAAGCCGGUAAUGGGCAUCAAACGGAAAUAAUCAAUAAUACAUCGGUCAAAGACUCUGACAAUAAUACAGAUACCGACAGCUCGGAUGAAAUCAGUGGCGAUGAGAGUGAUGAUUACGAAACAACGAAUACGUCGAAGGAAGAAUCGGACGCAGAUGCCGAUGACUUAGACAAAAUUGAAGAUAGUAACAUAAAAUGUCCGGAGAAGUUGAAAAUAAUUUUGGAGGAAAUGGUGGAAAAAGAAGUAAUUCUAAAAGCUGAUGAUACGACUGAGCGAGCAGACGAGAAAACUAUGUCUGUGCGGGAUAGAAUAUCUCUAUUUGAGAAUCAUCCAGUCCCCAGUCCCUUACUGGAAGUACCACCGCAACGACAAACAAGUAAUUCGGGCUGCCAUUUAAGACCCGCAUCGGUUCAGAAGUUAUCGUGUGACGAGUCGGAAGCAGAAGACGACUCUGGUGUUACAUCAGACAUGAGCAAACACAUAUCAGAGGUAGAAACUGACUCAGAAUUCUUCCCGGAGAUGCGAAAAAUGACCCGUUACCAGCGAGCAGCGACACAUUCCAGGUUAUUUAAGCUUUUGCAGGACGAAAGUAACAAUGGUGAUAGUGAAGAUGAGGAAGCCGAAAAGAUGGCAUCAGUUGAAUGUAACAAUAACCAUAAAGAAACCACCCAGAACGACAAAGCGGAAAAACUUCCACGCGUGAAGAUGGGCAAACAUAAAGAAUCAUUAUCUGAAGAUAAUUCCAGUAACGCAAACACUGCCACCGAUCGCAGAGAUCGUUUAUCACUGCCAAUUAGACAUCAAUCCUCUUCAGGUAUUGAAAGCUUGUCUUCGUCUACCUCGUCGGCAUCUCCUGUAUCAGGAGCAAUGAAUGAGAAACUAGCCGAAGAGUUGGUACAGAGCUUAUUGAUGAAGAAAAAGGGUAGACUGUUCCGUAAUCUACCACUCGAGAAGUUACACGCAGCAGCAUUGAAGAUUCUCCAAGAAGACUUAGAAUCGAACGGAACAAUCAGUUCGAACGAGGACAACAUCCCAACCGUAGAUUCGACGCCGGCUUUAACUCCGCAAGAAUUCAAAUCGGAAUAUCAGAACUCAUACUCCGACUAUUACGACACUUGGAGUGAAACAAAUGAUAAAGCAUCCCCACACGACAUAGGUCAGCAGGAGGCGGCUCCCUCGAAAGGGCUUCGGUCUUGGCAGGAGAAUCAUAACGGUCGGAAAACAAGUGGCUGGACCGCUAGAUGUCCCCGGGUACUCAGCAAUAAGAGCAUAUCGCGGCUAGCGGAGGUUCGAGAAUCCAAUUCCCCCGAACCCAGCACCAUGUCCCGUUCACGUCCACCAUCGCGUGCAUCCAAUCAGUCGCCUUUCCCAUCAAUGUCUGGACUGAUGGAAGACCUCCCUUCCGGGUCACGAAGUGCAUAUAGGCAUUGCAAAUGAAACAGUAUAUGCACUAGUGGAGGUCUCCUCUCUUGUUAAGAAACUAAGAGUGGCACACAGAUUAUAGUGCUGCUCAGUAAGUUGGAAUACAUGAUCGCGACGAAUGUUUUUUUGUUGUUAGCAAGAUUGUGUUCAAACGUUGCAAUUGAGCAUUUAGCGAUAUGUAUAUUUAUGAGAAAUCAGAAGAUAGCAGGAAGCAUUUGUAGCAAAAGCAUAUCAUCAAGAUUUCAGAAAAGCAGGUCCUGGUGAAACCGACUUCUAAUCGGAUUAUCAAACGUCGGACAAGCGGAGAACAAACGCACCCGGACAAGAGAAAGUUCGACAUUGCUUCGGAACCCCUCACAAUGAACACCUACAUUAUAAAAAUUAUAGCAUUUUACUAGUUGUAUAGAACUAGCAUUAAAGUUGUAAUCAUAAAUAAUCUUUCUGUUGAAACAAAACGAGAAAAGCACAAAAAAAAUAUUUGAAACUAAAGUUUGGUAUUGCAUCGGAAUGCUUUUAAUCAAUCAAAAAUAAUGUUUGUGUGAGUGUGAGAUCUCAAUUUUUCCCUUGAAAAAAUUAUGUUUUAAUCCUCCAGGCCGUUUUUCUGAAAUCUUGAAAAUAUUUUGUCCAGCUUCUGUAGUUCGCUUCUACACAAUACAAAAGCAGAAGUUAUCACGUUAUUUUAAUUUAAUGAAGCGAUAAUCUAUUUGUAAGCGGAUGAAAAUGAUAUAAUGCUUAUUUUUGUUUGUUUCCAAAAUAUAUACUAUUUAUUUCCAUUGAACCCGAUAACUGUUACGAUAAUCUGAAGGGCAGUGAAGUAUACAGAGACAAGAAAACAAUGAGCCCAGUGAACAUGAAAAAUAAUAGCCUGAACUGAUUUGUAACAUAACUGAGAUGAUGAAUAAAAGGUUGAAACCCAGA